CUGCUGUUGGCUCUGACAUACUUGGAGUUCAGUCCAGCAGGACGAUGCUCUUUCCACUGCUGUUAUGGACGGCAUUGCUCUGUCACAUUUCAGAUGGCCGGUCUUCCUCUCAAAGACAUGAUCCGGUCAUCGACCAUUCUCCAACGUUUUCUGUUUUAGCUCCAGCAAAGAUAAGACCGGGAACAAAACAGAACAUCCUGCUGGAAGGUCACAAACUGUCCCAGGCAUUAGAAGUGUCCAUUAUGGUCUAUGAUUACCCAGCCUCCCAAUCUGCGUUAAUGACGGGCUCUGUUAUCCUCAAUUCAGACAACAACUACAGCGCCCUCAAAACCAUCGAGAUUGAUCCAAAUUUGCUACAAUCAGAUGGAAAGAAGAAAUAUGUGAAGCUAGUUGCUCAGUUUAGCAGAUUCCAUCGCACAGAAAGAGUAUUAACAGUGUCAUUCCGCUCUGGAUACAUCUUCAUUCAGACUGAUAAACCAGUUUACAACCCUGGAGACACAGUCCGUUGCAGAGCUUUUGUGUCUGAUGCUGAAUUCCAUGCUGCUGAGAGGACAAUUUCUCUGGAGAUUCAGAAUCCAGAUGGUAUUGCAGUAUAUGGUAUGUCCAGAGCCAAAGCAAUCGAUGGGAUACUCUCUAACACCUACCCCCUCUCAUCUGUAGUCAAAGAGGGCAAGUGGAAAGUGGUUGCAAAGUUUGAUCAGGGAAAAGAGAACAGCCGAGAGUUUGAAGUCAAGAAAUACGUGCUCCCGGCAUUUAAUGUCACUUUGUCUCCAAAGACAUCCCACCUCAGACUAGAUGCAGAAAAGCUGGAGGUAGAAAUAACAGCCAGGUAUCUUUAUGGUGAACCAGUGAAAGGUGUUGCAUAUGUGCUGUUUGGUAUUGAAAUUGAUGGUGAAAAGAAGAGACUCACAUCUAUGAAGCAAAUAAAGGAUCUGAAUGGAGGAAAUGUUAGUUUGUCUAUGGAGGAGAUAAAGAGGGCCUAUCCAGACACAAACAGCCUACUGGGGUCUUCUGUGUACGUCAAAGCAUCAGUAAUGACCAGCUCAGGUAGCGACCUUGUGGAAGCAGAGAAAUCUGGUAUUAAAAUAGUAAUGUCACCCUACAUGCUCUCCAUCAGGGACACACCAAAGUAUUUCAAACCUGGCCUGCCAUUAGGCAUGACGGUUACUGUGAGUGACCACGACGGAUCUCCUGCCCGUAAUAUUCCUCUUAAAAUCAGUUUUUUUGAAAGCCCAAUGACCGCAAACAGCGGCACCAUCAAAGUCUCCAUCAACAUGCCUGAAAUGUUCAGCUCACAGAUACUGAAAGUUGAGACAGCAGAUCCUUCACUGAAACCAGAACAGCAGGCCAUUCAAGAGAUGCGUGUGGAGCCAUAUGCCUCUUUUAAUGACUACAGGAACUACCUGCACAUCUCAGUGGGCAGCAGUCGAGUGGUGGUGGGCGACACAUUCAACGUUCAAGCUCACAUCAAAUCUAACUCACCAGAACGAAAAAAACUUGUGGAGCAGCUGACGUAUGCCGUCUUAAAUAAGGGAAACAUAGUCCAUGCUGUUAGGAUGAAUGUCAAAGACCUGGAUGUCAUAAACAUUCCUCUGCUGGUUACCUCAGAAAUGCUACCUGCAUUUCGCUUUGUGGCCUACUACAUUUUGCCAUGGCAACACAGGGCGGAAGUGGUGGCCGACUCUGUGUUUGUGGAUGUGGAGGACCGGUGUGUAGGUUCGCUUAGUGUAGGUCCAGUGGAGGGAGAAAAGCUCAAUUCAUACUCCCCAGGCAGCAGCAUUACAUUUGAAGUGAAAGGAGACCCGGGGGCAAAGGUCAGCCUGGUUGCUGUGGAUAAUGCCAUCUUUCUGUUGAGUAAAAACCGUCUGACGCAGAAGAAGGUGUGGGAGGUGGUGGGUCAGGGUGAUAUGGGCUGCACCGCGGGAGGAGGCAGGAAUAAUAUGGCUGUUUUCAGUGACGCAGGACUGAUGUUUUAUUCCAGCACAGGAGGAUACACGGACAUAAAAGAUUGCUCCAGCAGGUCUAGAAGACGACGUUCUGCUGCCAAACUGCAGCUCAGAGAGCAACUGGAGAAGGUAUAUUCGGAUCAGUUCCUGCAGAGAUGUUGCGUGGAUGGCAUGAGGGAGAUUCCCAUGCCGUAUUCCUGCUACCGUCGCUCCCUCUACAUCACCGAGGACUGGAGCUGCGUGUUGGCUUUCCUUCGCUGUUGUGCGGAGUACAGAGGGGAGGAGCUUGGUGUCGUUACCAGGCCUCCGACAACCACCCUUCCACCACCCACCACCAGCGCCUACAAGUUUCACAUGGAUUAUUUUGAGGAACGUGUUCUUUUCCGAGCUCCUGCCAGGACAGAGCUUUUCGGUCUUCCUGGGCGUAUGGGAUCUCCUCCCAUCCUUGAAAUUAUGGGAAUGUCCUCCAUCCUUGAAGUGCGAGAGGACAGUUAUGAUGAAAACAUCAGAGAAGAAGAAGAGGAGGAGGUGGAAGCGUUCGAUGAAGAUGAUUUAGCUGACUUGGAAGACAUUUACGUGCGCAGCAAGUUCUUCGAGUCGUGGCUGUGGACUGACAUUAGAUUACCCAGCGUUCCCAAGUCUGAUGGAUUGGCUGUACUUCCAGUGAACACCGUUCUUCCUGACAGCAUCACUCAGUGGGGGUUUCUAGCCGUUAGUGCUUCACCUCAGACAGGUUUCUGUGUGGCUGAGCCAUAUAACGUCCGGGCGUCAAAGCCGUUCUUCAUAGACCUGCGGCUGCCUCACUCAGUGUCCAGAAAUGAACAUGUGGAAAUCAAAGCUGUGGUACACAACUACAGGAACUCAAAACUGGAGGUCAUGGUGAUUCUGGAAAAGACAGAGGACAUGUGUAGCGUGGCAUUUAGUGGACAGCACAGACAGCAGGUUUCGGUACCGGCCGGCUCCUCCAAGCUCAUUUCAUACACCAUGAUCCCUCUUAAAACAGGAGAGCUCCCCCUACAGGUCACUGCGGUUGCGGCCUCCUUCAUGGGGCAGGAUGCAGUGAGGAAGAAUCUGCGUGUGGUAGUCGAAGGCAUUCAGACUAUUAAAGUGAGGAGCUUUGUGCUGAACCCCUCUGAGAAAGGAGACAGCGCUGGUAGACAGCAGAUAGAAGUGGAGAAGAUGCAGUUGGACGCCGUUGUGCCAAAAUCUCUGCCGGAGACAUUUGUUAAUGUCAGAGGUGAUUUGCUGGCAGACAGCAUUGAUAACUCUAUUAAGGAGGACUCUCUGGCAGCGUUGAUCCGGAUGCCCGGCGGGUGUGUGGAGCAGAACCUGGCCAGAAUCACGCUGCCCCUCAUCGCCGCCCAUUACCUGGACCGCAGUGGAAACUGGGACGCUGUGGGAAUAGACCGCAGAGAAGAGGCCAUCAAAUACAUCCAAAAAGGGUAUGAAAAUCAACUUAAUUACCGGAAAAAGGAUGACUCAUAUCCUCCCUAUUCUAAAGAAGGCACCAGUACAUGGAUCACUGCAUACGUGGUGAAGGUUUUCUCCAUGGCAAAAUCAUUUAUUAGCGUCGAUGAGAAGCAUCUGUGUGGUCCUCUGGUGUACCUGCUCAAGAAUAAACAGCGCCCUGAUGGAUCCUUUCAGGAGGACAAUCCUGUCUACGACACCAGUAUGACGGGAGGCCUGCAGGGCUCUGAAUCCAGAGUGUCUCUGACCGCAUUCGUGCUCAUUGCUUUGGCAGAGGCACAAAAUGCUGUUACCUGCCAAGAGCCAGACCUCAAUAUACAGGACAAGUCCAGAAAAGCAGCGGUGUAUCUAAGAGAGCAUUUCCCCCGACUGACGAGGCCGUACACAGCGGCUAUAGCAUGUUACGCUUUAGCUGUAUCCAACCACGGCUGCAUGAAGAGCAUGUUACUAAAUUUAGCCUCGCCUGAUCGUACCCACUGGCCUGACUCUAGUAAUUAUUUCUUCACACUGGAAGCUACCGGCUACGCAUUGUUAGCGCUGAUCAAAGCUGGUCACAUGGAAGAGGCAGCCGCCUCUUUUCGAUGGCUGAAUGAGAAGCGUGGCAUUGGGGGAGGAUACGGCUCUACUCAGUCCACUAUGGUGGUGCUACAGGCCCUGUCUGAGUACCUGGUGAAGAGGCCUCCUCCUGAUGACCUCAAUCUGUUGGUGCAGCUCAGUGUUCCUGGUCGCAGUGACGUACGCUGGACCUUCAAUCCAAAAAUUGCAUAUGUGGCCCGAUCUUCACGGGUGCGUACUUCCAACUUUCAAACUCUCUUUUGUAGACAAAUAUGGAGUUAUUAUCAGUGUUGGGGUAACAGUGUUUUCUUUCUUCUUAUUCUGCUGAUUCUGGACAUCGGCCUGCCCACCGGCUUUGAGCCUGAAAACUCAGAUUUAGAGUUGCUCACAAAUUCAGUGGAUCGCUACAUCAACAACUUCCAAGUGGUGGACAACCUGAGCGACAGAGGAUCCCUCAUAAUUCACCUGUUUAAGGUGUCCAGCACUCAGACAGACGUGAUCUCAUUCAGACUGCAUCAGAAAUUUAAAGUGGGACUCCUUCAGCCUUCUACUGUCACAGUGUACCAGUACUACAACAAAGAUAAACGCUGUAGCAGGUUCUACUCUCCUCCAGAAGACAAACAGCAGCUUGAUCAGAUCUGCAAAGACAGUGUGUGCCGCUGCUCACAGGGUGACUGUUGUGUACUGAAGGAAGACUCCUCGUCUGUUGGUAAAGACCAGCGAAAGGCCGCAGUGUGUAAUGGAUUACAUCAUGCCUACAGGGUCAAACUGAUCAGCGUCAGCCAGAGUCACUACGACCAGUAUGAGAUGGCGAUUGUGCAGGUUAUCAAAGAGGGGACAGAGGAAGGCUUGAACGAGCAGGAAAGAAGGACGUUCCUCUCUCAUGCGAGCUGUAGGCCAGGACUUGGUUUGAGAGAGGGUCAGGACUAUCUGAUCAUUGGGCCCAUCACUGAUGUUUGGCAUGCAGGGGGCACGUCCAACAAGUAUGUGUAUACGCUGGGUAAGGACACGUGGGUCGAGCGCUGGCCGUCCGAGUCUGAAUGCGGGGCUGGAUCCACACUGGAGGAGAAAUGCGGCGCGCUGAAGAGCUUCGAAAAGGCACUGACAGAAAGCGGCUGUCAGACUUGAGACAGAUGCUGGCAAAACUGGAUUUUGAGUCUACGGCAUUUUCACAUGCAUUAAAAAAAA